GCUAUGGAGCUGGUGGCCGAGUACGUCGGGGAGGACGGGCAGCAGCGGAGGUUGCAGGUGCCCUGCGCCGCCGACGCCGACAACGCCGACGCCCUCGAGGGCCUGCUGACCGGCGUGGCGCGCAUGAAGGAGCUGGUCACUGAGCUCCUGGGCCCGCCGGGGCCGCGGGAGGCACACGACCAGCCGGCAGCGGGUGACGACGAGGCCUCGGACGGUGGUGAUGAAGAUGGUGCAGAAGAUGAAAAUCACGUUGAUAACAAAACUAGUGCAGGCGGACGCUCUGCAAAACGGCCCAAGCUGUCGUCAUCCUCACCCUGACAGUAGCUUUGUGACAUUUUAGAAACUGCUUUUGUGUCCAUUAUCAUGACUGAUAUUUAUAAAAGAUGUGGGCUGUGGUUGGAAAAAGUGUUUGUCUCCCAGGAUAAUUUUGCCAAAGAGAAAACUGCUUCUAUUGAAGAAAGGUAAAAUGGGUUGUUUAGAAAUGAAGUUUGUUUUCACAAGUGUGAAAUCCAGGUCAUGGAAAUAAAAUAGAAUACUAAAGUGAA